AUGGCUUUACUGCUCUUGAGGAGUUUUAAAGCUUCGCGGAGAGCUGCAAGACUCAAACAGGCUGUAAAAUCCCUCAAGGAUGAGGCCUUGCAGGGCAUGGAAAAAGACAAGCUUCUGAAAGUGAUGACCCCAGAGUAUCUGUCAUCAGAGGAAUCUGAGGUGGAUGAAGAUGGAGAGUUUAGACAUUUUAGUGUCAGACGUCUGCCAUGGCAGAAGGAUUCGUUUCGAGCCUUGAAAGAUAAACUUGAGGCAACUCGUGUUAAAAAGCUGACUCCACAGCACAGGAGGCAGAUGAAGACGCGCGUCAUCCUAGAAAUUCCAAAGUUUGUAAAAAAUUUUAAAUACUGUAAUGUUCUCCUUAAAUAGUUAUUGUUUCCAUCCCCUUUGGAUACAGAUUAAAGCUUUUUAAUCGAAGUGAGAAAAUUUUGUAAGCGAACAUUUUUUUUUAAUAAACUAGAGGAAAAUUAAUUUCAUUUGUUUGAAAAAUGUACCAGCCAAGUAAUUUCUCACUGCCUAUUUAUUAAUUCAUGUACACUACAUUUACUAUUAUGAAAAUAUUUUCUUGAAAUAAUUUAGUAUCCGAGGGGUUGAUUUGAUUUUCUU